GUGAACCCAUUGGAUGGGGCACCAAAGUGAUCCUGUAUUUGAAGAAGGACCAGACAGAGUACUUAGAGGAGCAGCGUGUCGAAUAGGUGGUGAAGCAGCACUCCCAGUUCACCAUCUACACCAUCACACUGUAUCUUGAGAAGGAGCGUGAGAAAGAGAUCAAAGAUGAUGAGGCAGAGGAAGAAAAAGGUGAGAAGGAAGAGGAAGAGUCAGCAUCCAAAGAUGAGGAUGAGCCCAAAAUUGAGGAUGUGGGAUCUGAGGAGGAGGAGGAGGAGGAGGGAGACAAAGGCAAGGAAAAGACCAAGAAAAUCAGGGAGAAAUAUAUUGACCAGGAGGAGCUGAACAAAACCAAGCUUAUUUGGACCCGCAACCCUGAUGACAUCACCCAGGAGGAGUAUGGUGAGUUCUACAAAAGCCUCACCAAUGACUGGGAGGCCCACCUGGCUGUCAAGCACUUUUCCAUGGAAGGGCAGCUGGAGUUCGGGGUCCUGCUCUUCAUCUCACAUCGUGCCCCUUUUGACCUCUUUGAGAACAAGAAGAAGAACAUGAAGCUGUAUGUGAGGUGUGUUUUCAUCAUGGACAGCUGUGACGAGCUCAUCCCCAAGUACCUAAACUUCAUCUGGGGUGUUGCAGACUCAGAAGACCUGCCUCUGAACAUAUCUUGUGAGAUGCUCCAGCAGAGCAAGAUCCUCAAAGUGAUCUGCAAAAACAGUGUGAAGAAAUGCUUGGAGCUCUUCUCUGAGCUGGCAGAGGGCAAAGAGAGCUACAAGAAAUUUUAUGAGGCCUUUUCCAAGAAUCUGAAGCUGGGCAUCCACGAGGACUCAACCCACUGGAACCUUUCAGAGCUGCUGCGUUACCCCACGUCCCAGUCGGGUGAUGAGCAGGCUUCACUCUCCCACUACCUGUCCCACAUGAAGAAGACCCAGAAGACUAUCUACUACAUCACAGGGGAGAGUAAGGAGCAGGAUGCCAACUCGGCCUGUGUGGAGCAUGUGCAGAAGUGUGGCUUUGAGGUGGUGUACAUGACAGAGCCCUUUGAUGAGUACUGUGUGCAGCAGCUCAAGGAGUUUGAGGGCAAGACUGUAUUAUCAGUCACCAAAGAGGGGCUGGAGCUGCCUGAGGAUGAGGAGGGAAAAAAGAAGGUGGAGGAGAACAAAGCCAAGUUUGAGACCUUCUGCAAACUUACGAAGGAGAUUCUGGACAAGAAGGUGAGAUGGGUAAUGACCUCAGACCGGUUGGUCUCAUCUCCCUGCUGCAUCCUCACCAGCACCUAUGGUUGGGCAGCCAACAUGGAGCACAUCAUGAAGGCCCAGGCACUGUGGGACAACUCCACUAUGGGCUGCAUGAUGGCCAAGAAGCACCUGGAGAUCAACCCUCACCACCCAAUUGUUGAAACGCUCCCCCAGGAGGCUGAUGCUGACAAGAAUGACAAAGCUGUCAAAGAUCUGGUGGUGCUACUUUAUGAGACUGCUCUGCUGUCCUCUGGUUUCUCCUUGGAAGAUCCCCAGAGCAUCUACAGGAUGAUCAAACUGGGUCUUGGCAUCAAUGAAGACGAGGUGACUGCAGAGGAGCCCAGUGCUGCUGUCCCUGAGUCAAUCCCCCCUCUGGAGGAAGAUGAAGAUGAUGCAUCCCAUGUGGAAGAGGUAGCCUAA